AUGGAUCCCGUACAGGCUUUCGCGGACCUUAUCGGCACACCCCGCCCAGCCGCGACGUUCCUGCUAGCUAGCUUCGCGUUCGUCCCGAUCGCAUGGAUUCACAGAUUCAUAUCCUCGCCGACACUCCGCCAUCUGUACUGCACGGUUACAGGACUACUCUUAUCGGCGUUCGUGUUCGGAUGGACGGCGUACGCGCACUUCUUCGUGUGCGUGCUCUACGCCAUGGUCGUAAUGCGCCUGUUUCGGAGAAAUUGCGGCGUCCUGACGUUCUUCGGAACGUUCGCGUACUUGAUCGGAUGCCACAUCAUCAUGCGAACGCACGAGACCCGCACGGAGGGCGUGCUCGACUGCACAGGCGCGCUCACCGUCCUCGCUACAAAGCUCACCGCUGUCGCGUAUAACUACCAGGACGGGCUCACGCUGCUCAAGGAGAAGGACCAAGGCGCAAAAGCCAAGGACGAGAAGGAGAAGGAGCUAACCGAGGAACAGAGGCGGCGGGAGGAGCGGAUGGAGCGUUCGCGAUUGGAGCGGCGAAAGGCGGCGCUGGUUACCAUGCCGUCGGUGGUGGAGCUGAUGGGGUACCUGUUCUGCUUCGGGCUGCACAUGACGGGCCCGUUCUUCGAAUUCAAGGCGUACGACGACUGGACCCGCCGACAAGGGAUCUGGUCCCCCAAUCUCAAGCAGCCGGCCAUCCUCCCACCGUUCCUCCGCGCGUUCCUUCAGGGCAUCCUCGCAGCAAUCGUCUUCCUGCUCGUCUCGCCCUCGCUCGACCUCUCUCGCAUCAGCGACCGCCGCAAGAACCUCUCCUACCCCUUCCACCUGCGCUGGCUGUUCGCGCACCAGGCGAGCAUCGUGUGGCGCUUCCGCGCAUACAUCCUCUGGAGCAUCACAGAGGCCGCCAUGGUCGUGGGAGGCCGGGCGCGCAACGCGGAUAUUCUUGGGUUUGAGUUCCCCAAGAGCUGCCUUGACUUUGCCACCACGUGGAACAUCUCCUAUGGCCUCUGGCUCCGACUGUACGUGUACGAGCGCAUGGUGCCGCCCGGUAGGAAGGCCACCUUUUUCCACAUGCUCGCCACCAUGUUUGUCAGCGCCAUCUCCCAUGGCUUGAAUUGGGGUGACUUCAUAUUCUUUGCUAACUGGGCGAUUGUUGUUGCCAGCUCAAAAGCCAUCUACCAGCUCACUGCAGGAAUCCCCAAGGGCACCAUCGCCCACCGCAUUGUGGCACUUCUCCACACCCUCUACGGCAUUUUUGUCUGCAGCUACAUGGCCAGCGCCUUCUGUGUGAUGACACUAUCAGGUGCAUAUUCGGCAUACAGUGGCAUGUACUAUACUGGUACUGUCAUUCCAAUUCUCCUGAUUAUUCUGUCGAUGUCAGCCGCAAUUCGAUCAGCAGCAGACUUCCAAACUCUCCAGGAACCCUCGCAGCUACUAGCUGUACCCUUUCCGCAGUCGACAAUGGCCGCUCUCGCCAACGCCGCUGUGCUCCCGUCCACCUUCGUCGGCCAGAGCGCUGAGCUCGCCGCCAAGGUGAACAAUGUCGAGGCCCGCGUCACCAUGAGGAAGACCGCCAAGGCGGCUUCCAGCAGCGCCUUCUAUGGCCCCGACCGCAACCUGUUCCUGGGCCCGUUCUCCUCCCCCCCGUCGUACCUGACCGGCGAGUACCCCGGCGACUACGGCUGGGACACCGCGGGUCUGUCCGCUGAUCCUGAGACGUUCGCCAAGAACCGCGAGCUGGAGGUGAUUCACGCCCGCUGGGCUCUUCUCGGUGCCCUCGGCUGCCUGACCCCCGAGCUCCUCGCCAACAACGGCGUUGAGUUCGGUGAGGCCGUGUGGUUCAAGGCCGGUGCCCAGAUCUUCUCUGAGGGUGGUCUUGACUACCUCGGCAACCCCAGCCUGAUCCACGCCCAGUCCAUCCUGGCCAUCUGGGCUUGCCAGGUCAUCCUCAUGGGUGCCGUCGAGAGCUACCGCGUGGGUGGCCUCGAGGGCUUCCAAGAGGUUGAGGACCCCCUGUACCCCGGCGGUGCCUUCGACCCCCUGGGUCUGGCUGACGACCCCGAGGCUCUUGCUGAGCUCAAGGUGAAGGAGCUGAAGAACGGCCGCCUCGCCAUGGUGUCGAUGUUUGGCUUCUUCGUCCAGGCCAUCGUCACCGGCAAGGGCCCCCUGGAGAACCUGUCCGACCACCUGGCUGACCCCACCGUGAACAACGCCUGGGCCUAUGCCACCAACUUCACCCCCGGCGCUUAA